GGUACUACACCAGGCAAUGCCCUGCUCCUCGUCAUCUGUAUUUCUUUCGUUUCUCCAGGGUGAAAUUCACCAUCUUGUGUUUCUUAAUUGGGCGAAUCAGAUCUACGAGUGGAACGCAGGAUGCCACCGUCGAGAUCUAGGAAGCGCCCUUCGGGGCCGCAGCCCACCACCGCGCUCGCAAAGAAGCGGCACUGCCCCGCGGCGGUGGUCUCGGACGAUGUCGCCGGCGCGGCAGCACCCUCGUCGCCGUCCUCCUACUCCCCCUCCUGGGCGUCGCUUCCAGGGGACAUGGUUCGACAGAUAGCGUGGCGCGUGCUGGCCGGCGAUUUUCUGGAUUACGUCCGCUUCCGCGCCGUUUGCACCAGUUGGCGGUCCGGCGCCGUGUGCCCGCGCGGCCGCGGCGUCGCCGAUCCACGCUUCCACCCGCGCCGCUGGAUGAUGCUGCCGGAGGGCAACGGCCUCUACCCCGGCCACCGGAAGCUGGGUGGCCACAUCCGCUUCUUCAACCUCGACACCGGAGCCCUCGUCCGUGUCGAGCUCCCCCUGUUCAAGAACCACUGUGCUCUGGAAUCGGUCGACGGCCUCCUGCUCCUCCAGAGAGACCAAGACACCGCCGUCCGCCUCCUCCACCCUUUCACUCGCGACAUUGUUGAGCUCCCACCGCUUGCCACCCUCCUCACGCAGCUGGGCGACGAUCUCCGCAGCGCACACACCGACCCCGAGCUGCGGAAAUGGUACUAUAUCAGAUACUGCGUGCGUGCCUCCGUUUCCUGCAGCGGUGGAUCCGUCGUCGUCAUGCUCGCGUUCCGUCGUCUGAUGCGUGUAGCCUUUGCGACCUCCGACUCCCAAGACCAGCAAUGGACCAUGCCAAGCUGGGAAGUCCCAUUUAACAUUGCGCCCUUGGCAUUCCAAGGCAAGCUAUACUUUGUGCACCAUCCUGCAACUAAUGGCUCGCUGGUUUUCCAGAUCGACCCGCCCCUGCCGGUUGGUUCGCCGCCACGGCCGCCAAAGCUGAUUGCCACAUGUCCGGCAGAUAAACUCUACAGGGGCUCCCAUCUGGUAGAAUGCAACUCACAGAUCCUGCUUGUUGGCCAUGGCGACAUUUCCUUAAAGCACAUUGUGAUUUACAAACUCGAGGACCUUAUCUUGGAAAGGUUUAGAGCAUGAUUGGAUACGUUUUAGUCCCAUGACUAAAAGUAGUGGGACUAAAACUUGCUAGUCUCACCCAUGCUUGGAUCCAAAUACUAAAGAGACUAAAAUCUAGUUAUUGAACAUUUAUU